AGAGAGCACAGCCACCCCCCCAGACAGAACAGCAGAGCAGAGCUGAGGUUCCGACCGAGUUAUGAAUCCAGUUCUGAGACUCUCAUCUCACUUUCAUCUGUGAGCUUCUCUUGCGAGGAAGCAUUUACGAAGAGGACCCUAAAGGCCUCCGAACUUGGUGGUGUUCUCCCCCAUUCACCUUGACUGGUUUAGGGUUUCUCUAUCCGGUUUGUCAGAGCUAAGCAGUAGCCAUGGCGGCUGUCCGUGCGCUGUCACUAUCGCUGCCAUCAGCGGUAGUGUCAGGCUCAGGCCUCACCGUGUCCGCGUGCCAGCAGGGCUCCUCAACCCCUGGCGUGGCUCCUUUCCAGCAGCGCAGUGCGUUUCUCAAGUUCAAUGGCCUCAAGAGCGCCGCCGGCCUGCCGUCGUCGAAGCAGGCUGUGCGAUCCCCUGCGAUGUCGCGCAAGGCGUCCAACGACCCCGUGCGACGCCUCGUGACGACGGCCGAGUUCUCCAAGGUUCCCCAGGAGCCCAUGGGCCUGUACGACCCUGCAUUGGACAGCGACGCCUGUGGUGUCGGUUUCGUCGCUGAGCUCUCCAAGAUCCCCACUCGCAAAACUGUGACUGACGCGCUCGAGAUGUUGAUUCGCAUGGCUCAUCGCGGUGCGUGCGGCUGCGAGGUCAACACCGGCGAUGGCGCCGGCAUCAUGGUGGCUCUGCCGCACGACUUCUUCGUCAAGGUCGCGAAGGUGGACGCUGGAGUGACUCUUCCUCCCCUGGGGGAGUACGGAGUUGGAAUGUGCUUCCUGCCCACGGAGAAGAAGAGGAGGCACCGCGGCAAGGACGCCUUCAACAAGGUGGCGGAGGCGAUGGGGUGCAAGGUGCUGGGGUGGCGGCGCGUGCUGACGGACAACGCGGAUCUGGGGAAGGCGGCGCUGGACACGGAGCCCAUUGUGGAGCAGGUCUUCCUCACCGUCAACCCCGACUCUCACCUCGAGGCCGAGCAGCAGAUGUGGCUGCUGCGGCGCACGGCCAUGAAGGCCGUCCGCGAGGCUCUCAACCUCAAGGUCGGCGGCACCCGCGACUUCUACAUCUGCUCGCUCUCCACCAGGACGAUCGUGUACAAAGGGCAGCUGAAGCCGGAGCAGUUGCAGGGCUACUACCACGCGGAUCUCGACGACGACCGCUUCACGUCCUACAUGGGCCUCGUGCACUCGCGGUUUUCGACCAACACGUUCCCCAGCUGGGAGCGCGCACAGCCCAUGCGCAUCCUGGGGCACAACGGCGAGAUCAACACGCUGCAGGGCAACGUCAACUGGAUGCGCGCGCGCGAGGGGCUGAUGAAGUGCCCCGGGCUCGGCAUUUCCAAGGAGGAUCUCGACGCCGUGCUGCCCGUGAUCGACGCUAACUCGUCGGAUUCCGGCGCGUUCGACGGCGUGCUGGAGAUGCUGGUGCGCGCGGGGCGCACGCUGCCCGAGGCCGUCAUGAUGAUGAUUCCCGAAGCGUGGCAGAACGACAAGAACAUGUACCCCGAGAAGAAGGCGCUCUACGAGUAUCUGUCGGCGCUCAUGGAGCCGUGGGAUGGCCCCGCUCUUAUUGCUUUCUCUGACGGCAAGUAUGUCGGAGCCACGCUGGACCGUAACGGUCUGCGUCCCGGCCGUUACUACGUCACUCACAGCGGCCGCGUCAUCAUGGCCAGCGAGGUGGGCGUCGUCGACGUGGACCCUGCUGACGUGGCGCGCAAGGGCCGCCUGAACCCCGGAAUGAUGCUAUUGGUCGACUUCGAGAAGCACGAGGUGGUGGACGACGAGGCGCUCAAGCGCCAGUACUCCAGCCAGCGGCCCUACGGCGAGUGGCUGGCCAAUCAGAAGUUGACGCUUGGCGAUAUCGUGGCUUCGGUCCCGGCGGAGGACCGCGUCCCGCCCAAGAUCGCGGGCGCGUCGGAAGUGGACACGUCCGCGGACGAGACCAUGGAGACGAUGGGCAUCAGCGGGCUCACCACGCCGCUCAAGGCCUUCGGAUACACCAUCGAAGCUCUCGAAAUGCUGCUCCUCCCCAUGGCGCAAACCGGCUCGGAAGCCCUGGGAUCCAUGGGCAAUGACACCCCCCUGGCGUGCAUGUCGUCCCGCCCCAAGCUCAUGUCCGAGUAUUUCAAGCAGCUGUUCGCGCAGGUGACCAACCCCCCCAUCGACCCUAUCCGCGAGGCCGUGGUGACGUCCACCGAGUGCAUGGUGGGGCCGGAGGGGGAUCUGACGGAGACCACUGAGGCGCAGGCGCACCGGCUGUCGCUCAAGGGCCCGCUGCUGACGCCGGAGGAGACGGAGGCGCUGAAGAAGAUGGACCACAGGGGGUGGAGAACCGCCGUGGUGGACAUCACCUUUGAGCGGAGCGAGGGGCCGGACGGGCUUGAGAAGGCGCUGGACCGCAUCUGUGCUGAAGCGAGCCUUGCGAUCGAGGCUGGGUACAAGAUGCUCGUGCUGUCGGAUCGAGCCACCUCGCCUUCCCGCGUGCCCGUGAGCGCCCUCUUGGCCGUGGGCGCGGUGCACCAGCACCUGGUGCGCACGCUGCAGCGCACGCAGAUCGGCAUCGUGGUGGAGUCCGGCGAGCCCCGCGAGGUGCACCACUUCUGCACGCUCGUCGGCUUCGGCGCGGACGCCAUCUCCCCCUACGUCGCCACUGAGGCCAUCUGGCGGCUGCAGGUGGACGGCAAGAUCCCGCCCAAGCCCGACGGCUCCCUGCGCACCAAGGACGAGCUCAUCCGCACGUAUUUCAACGCCAGCAACGCCGGCAUGCUCAAGGUGCUGGCCAAGAUGGGGAUCUCGACCCUGGCGUCUUACAAGGGCGCGCAGAUCUUUGAGGCCCUGGGGCUGUCGAGCGACGUGGUGGACCGCUGCUUCCGGGGGACUGCGAGCAGGAUCCAGGGCGUGUCGUUCGACGUGCUGGCGGCUGACGCCAUCAGGAUGCACGACCAGGCGUUCCCGCUGGGGACGGAGAAGAACCUCGCUGAGGAGUCCGCUGACGCUAUCGCUGUGCCCAACCCCGGGGAGUACCACUACCGCAAGGGCGGGGAGGUGCAUUUGAAUGAUCCCGUGGCGAUCUCGCGGCUCCAGGAGGCGGCGAGGACCAACAGCCCGGCGGCUUAUAAGGAGUACGCGGCCAUCACCAACACGCUGAACCAGCAGUGCAACCUGCGCGGCAUGCUCAAGUUCAAGCCCGCGCCAGGUGGCGCGAUCCCAUUGGACGAGGUGGAGCCGGCGAGCGAGAUCGUGAAGCGGUUCUGCACGGGCGCCAUGAGCUACGGGUCCAUCUCCCUGGAGGCUCACCAGAGCCUGGCUGUUGCUAUGAACACCAUCGGAGGAAAGUCCAACACGGGCGAGGGAGGCGAGAACCCGACCCGCCUGGUCCCGAACCCCGAUGGGAGCAACAACAUCCUGCGGUCUUCGAUCAAGCAGAUUGCCAGUGGGCGGUUUGGGGUGUCGGCGUACUACCUUACGAACGCGGACGAGCUGCAGAUCAAGAUGGCCCAAGGGGCGAAGCCCGGGGAGGGAGGCGAGUUGCCCGGGCACAAGGUGAUUGGGGACAUCGCUAUCACGAGGAACAGCACGCCGGGCGUGGGGCUGAUCAGCCCGCCCCCGCACCACGACAUCUACUCCAUUGAGGAUCUGGCGCAGCUGAUCUAUGACCUCAAGAACUCCAACCCCCGUGCGCGUGUCAGUGUGAAGCUUGUCUCCAAGGCGGGCGUGGGCGUGAUUGCAAGCGGCGUGGUGAAGGGCCACGCGGACCACGUGCUCAUCUCGGGCCACGAUGGCGGCACGGGCGCGUCCCGCUGGACGGGCAUCAAGAGUGCGGGCCUCCCCUGGGAGCUGGGCCUCGCUGAGACCCACCAGACGCUGGUUGCCAACGACCUGAGAGGCCGCACCGUGCUCCAGGCGGACGGGCAGAUGAAGACUGGGAAGGACAUCACGGUUGCGGCGCUGCUCGGCGCUGAGGAGUUUGGGUUCUCCACCGCGCCGCUGAUCACCCUGGGGUGCAUCAUGAUGAGGAAGUGCCACAAGAACGUGUGCCCCGUGGGCAUUGCCACGCAGGACCCCGUGCUGCGUGCCAAGUUCAACGGCCAGCCGGAGCACGUGAUCAACUACUUCUUCAUGGUGGCCGAGGAGGCGCGCGAGUACAUGGCGCAGAUGGGCUUUAAGACCAUGGACGAGAUGAUCGGCCGCGCGGACAUGUUGGAGCAGGACAUGGAGCUCUGCAACUCCAACCUCAAGCUGCGGAACAUCGACCUCUCCGUGCUGCUCACCCCUGCGGCGACUCUCCGUCCGGGGGCGGCGCAGCGGUGCGUGCAGAAGCAGGACCAUGCGCUGGAGCUGGCUCUGGACCAGACGCUGAUCCAGCUGGCGCAGCCAGCGAUUAACCAGAAGAUCCCGGUGUUCGCCGAGGUGCCGAUUGUGAAUGUGAACCGUGCGGUGGGCACCAUGCUGUCGCACGAGGUGACCAAGGUGCAUCGGCUGGAGGGGCUCCCGGCCGACAUGAUUCACUUCAAGCUCACUGGCAGCGCUGGGCAGAGCUUCGGCGCUUUUACUUGCAAGGGGAUUACCCUGGAGUUGGAGGGGGAUAGCAACGACUAUGUGGGGAAGGGUUUGUCUGGCGGUAAGCUGGUCGUCUACCCUCCGGCUGCGUCCACGUUUGAUCCCAAGGAGAAUAUCAUCAUUGGGAAUGUGGCUCUGUAUGGUGCUACUUCUGGCGAGGCGUAUUUCUGCGGUAUGGCUGCAGAGCGGUUUGCUGUGAGGAACUCGGGAGCCCGGGCAGUGGUUGAGGGGGUGGGCGACCACGGGUGCGAGUACAUGACGGGCGGCACGGUGGUCAUUCUGGGCGGCACUGGGAAGAACUUCGCGGCGGGAAUGAGCGGCGGGACGGCCUACAUUCUCGACCGGGCUGGCGACUUCCGCACGCGCUGCAACACAGGCCUGGUGGACCUGGACCCAGUGGUAGAGGAAGCCGACGUCCUUCUCCUCCGGUCCAUGAUUCAGCAGCACCAGCGGUACACCAAGAGCAAGCUGGCUGGGGAGGUGCUGGCACAGUUUGAGGAGCUGCUGCCGAGCUUUGUGAAGGUGUUCCCGAGGGACUUCAAGAGGGUGCUGGAGGAGGAGCGGGUCAAGAAGGAGAAGGAGGCCAAGGCGCUCGAGGAGAAGGACGCGUUUGAGGAGCUCAAGAGGCUCGCCGCGGAGAGCGGCAAGGUGGAGCCCAAUGGCUCUGCUGUUAUGGAGACCCCCAAGCGCCCCACGCGCCUGUCCUCUGCAGUCAAGUUCGGCGGGUUCAUGAAGUACGAGCGCGAGCCGCUGCCCUACCGCCCCGCAGAGGAGCGCCUCACCGACUGGGGCGAGGUGCUGGCCACCGACCCCGGACGCUCUGAACUCCUCAAAACCCAGUCCGCCCGCUGCAUGGACUGCGGCACGCCCUUCUGCAACCAGGACAAGUCGGGCUGCCCGCUGGGAAACAAAAUCCCUGAGUUCAACGAGCUGGUGUACCAGGGCAGGUGGAAGGAGGCGCUUGAUAGGCUCCUGGAGACGAAUAACUUCCCCGAGUUUACGGGCAGGGUGUGCCCGGCGCCGUGCGAGGGCGCGUGCGUGCUGGGGAUCAUAGAGAACCCGGUGUCGAUCAAGACGAUGGAGCUGAGCAUCAUUGACAAGGCGUACGAGAACGGGUGGAUGGUGCCUCGCCCGCCUGCCAAGAGGACUGGCAAGAAGGUGGCAAUCAUCGGCAGUGGGCCGGCAGGUCUGGCAGCAGCGGACCAGCUGAACAAGCGUGGGCACUCGGUGACUGUGUACGAGCGCGCGGACCGCAUCGGAGGGCUGAUGAUGUACGGCGUUCCCAACAUGAAGACGGACAAGACGCAUGUGGUGCAGCGCCGCGUGGACCUCAUGGCCGCCGAGGGCGUGACUUUUGUGACCAACGCGCAUGUGGGCAUGGACGAGCAGUACUCAGUGGAGAAGCUGCGUGCCGACAAUGACGCGAUGCUGCUGGCCUGCGGGUCCACCAAGCCCCGCGAUCUGCCGGUGCCAGGGCGAGAGCUCAAGGGGGUGCACUUUGCCAUGGACUUCCUCGCGGCGAACACCAAGUCGCUGCUGGACAGUGGGCUGAAGGAUGGGCGGUUUAUCUCGGCGGAGGGCAAGAGGGUGGUGGUGAUUGGAGGGGGAGAUACUGGCACGGACUGCAUUGGCACGAGCCUGAGGCACGGGUGCGAGUCGCUGGUGAACCUGGAGCUGCUGCCGCAGCCGCCGCCCUCCAGGGCUGAUGGCAACCCCUGGCCCCAGUGGCCGCGCAUCUUCCGCGUGGACUACGGCCACGAGGAGGCCCGGAAGAAGUUUGGCGCCGACCCGCGCUCGUAUGAGGUGCUGACCAAGCGCUUCAUCGGGAACGAUGCGGGCGAGCUCACGGGCAUUGAGACGGUGCGCGUGCAGUGGGCCAAGGAUGCCAGCGGCCGCUUCCAGAUGAGCGAGGUGGCGGGGAGCGAGGAGGUGAUCCCCGUCGACCUGGCGCUGCUGGCUAUGGGCUUCCUGGGUCCCGAGCAGAACGUGGCGGAGAAACUGGGUCUGAAGACAGACGCACGCAGCAACUUCCAGGCGGACUAUGGGCAGUUCGCCACCAACCUCGAGGGCGUCUUCGCUGCUGGCGACUGCAGGCGCGGACAGUCUCUUGUGGUGUGGGCCAUCGCCGAGGGCCGUGGGGCAGCAGCCAACAUCGACUCGUACGUGAUGCGCAACGAGGAGGUGGACAUGCCGCAGGAGGAGCAGGAGCUCAUCCAGGCGGCUGUCAGGAGCGCCGCUGCUGUGGCUGCUGCUGAGCAGGGCACUGCUGCUACCAACGGCAGUGCGACAAACGGGAGUGCUAGUAAUGGGAGUGCUACCAACGGGAGAGCGUACCCGGAGGGCGUGGAGGAGGCUCGGGCCGAGGCUGCUGAUGCAUGUCUGAUGGUGGAGGGUGAGGAUGAUACGGAGCACAUUGAGGCAUGUGUGGAGAAGAGUGUGGAGGCUGCUGCGCUGGGAGAUGGCACCCCUGUGUCGGAGCAGAGCUACUAGAGCCCAUGUGGGCCCCACACAUUGGGGUCCUGGAUGUGGAGUAUUUUCAUGUGAUUGAGAUGCAUUGUGGCAUAGAAAUGCUGUAAUAUUAGGAUACAUUAUUGCAGUAAAGGGGAUUUGGACGUAAGUUGUGCAGCUCACGAGAGUGUUGGCAAGGAUAGCGCACGAGAAGCGACGUUAUAUUUUUGACAACGGUGAUUGGGUAGUGUUGACAUGGUAGCGUUGACUUUUGACACACAUAAAUAGUGCUUUUCCUGUCUAAAACGCUUCCAUUUCACCUAUAACAUGGUGUAACAAGUGUA